GGCUGGACGCAUGUCAGAGCUGAGGGAGUGAAAGGCAAACAGGAACUUAUUGUGCAGUGACUAUACAACUGGAUCAUCGACGCGAGCGUAAAGAGGAUCACGGCCUGGAGCUGUUGUGUGUUGUAUUCAGCACACAUGGAGCCCACAAAUCUACAGAAAGCUAUCGCCAUGGCACAAAAGGCCUCGCAGGAGGACCAGGCAGAGAACUAUGAGGAGGCCAUCCGCUCCUACCAACAUGCCGUCAAGUACUUUCUGCACAUUUUAAAACGUGAACCCCAAGGUAAGGAGGGCAACCAGAAGAUCAGAGAUUCAUGUAAACAGUACCUGGACAGAGUGGAAGAACUGCAGGCGUACCUUGUGAAUAAAGAGAAAGCCAUUGAUCUUGCCAGCAAGGCGGCUCAGGAGGACAAAGCUCAGAACUAUGAGGAGGCGCUGCGUCUCUACCAAGCUGCUGUUCAGUACUUCCUUCAUGUGGUAAAAUAUGAAGCCCAAGGUGACAAAGCUAAACAGAGCAUCCGAGGGAAAUGUGCCGAAUAUUUGGACAGAGCAGAGAAGCUAAAGGAGUAUUUAAAGAAGAAGGAGAAGGCACCUCCUGCUAAACCUGUCAAGGAGUCGCAAUCUGAUGACAAAGGGAAUGAAAGUGAUGAAGGUGAUGAUCCAGAAAAAAAGAAGUUUCAAAAUCAACUCUCAGGUGCAAUUGUUAUGGAGAAACCAAACAUCAAAUGGAAUGAUGUUGCUGGUUUAGAGGGAGCAAAGGAGGCACUCAAAGAAGCAGUUAUUCUUCCAAUUAAAUUCCCCCACCUUUUCACAGGAAAGAGAACUCCAUGGAGGGGGAUUUUGCUCUUUGGUCCUCCAGGUACAGGAAAGUCCUAUCUGGCUAAAGCUGUUGCCACAGAGGCAAACAACUCAACGUUCUUCUCCAUCUCGUCAUCUGACCUUGUGUCCAAAUGGCUGGGAGAGAGUGAAAAGUUGGUGAAAAAUCUUUUCAGCCUUGCUAGAGAACACAAGCCUUCCAUCAUCUUCAUUGAUGAAAUUGACUCCCUGUGUGGUUCAAGAAGUGAGAAUGAGAGUGAGGCUGCUCGACGUAUCAAAACAGAGUUUCUGGUUCAGAUGCAGGGCGUGGGUAAUGACAAUGACGGAGUGCUAGUACUUGGAGCAACUAACAUCCCAUGGAGCCUAGACUCAGCCAUUAGAAGAAGAUUUGAGAAAAGAAUCUACAUCCCGCUGCCCGAAGAGCAUGCACGCUCAUUCAUGUUCAAGCUCCAUCUGGGCUCAACCCCUAACAGUCUCACAGACUCUGACUUCGUAACUCUGGGCAAGAACACAGAGGGUUACUCUGGAGCAGAUAUCAGUAUCAUUGUCAGAGAUGCUUUAAUGCAGCCAGUUCGAAAGGUCCAGUCGGCAACACACUUCAAAAAAGUACGAGGGCCAUCAAGAGAUGACCCCAACAAAAUUCUAGAUGACCUCUUGACUCCUUGCUCACCUGGCGAUCCCAACGCGAUUGAAAUGACAUGGAUGGAUGUCCCAGGGGAGAAGCUAUUGGAACCUGUAGUAUCCAUGCCUGACAUGAAGAGGUCUCUGGCCAACACAAAGCCUACAGUCAAUGAACAAGACCUGGAAAAACUGAAAAAAUUCACAGAUGACUUUGGCCAAGAAGGCUAGGUGGGAUGCUUGAUUCACGACAAACCAAAGCAAAAGAAUUGUGAUCGUGUCUCUUUUCUGUACUUGUCUCUUUUUGUCUCUGUAUUCACCAGGUCUUGGGGUUUAUCAUGUGAGCAUGAUUACUGCUCUGUCCUGAUAACCACACAAAGACUGAAAGCUCUCUUGAUAUUCACUGUUGUCCAAAGAAGAUUAAAUCCUUUGCAAAUGCAGCUGAUCUCAUAAAAAGAAAGAAUAUGGUAUUUUGAAUUGAAGGGGUUGUUUGACUCAUGCAUUACAGACAAAGGGUGUAUAUUAGUAUAUUACCCAAGUAACUUUUAACUGACAGCAGGCAUAACCAACAAAUCCUGCAAAUAAGGCCAAUGGAAUCUAGAUAAUUUAAGUUAGUAGUAGUUCUAGUGUCCUCAUAUUCUAGUCAGUAAGUUUCACUAGACUUAUAAAUACCCCAUAUUGCUAUAUUUGUAUUAAGAAAAACAACUAUUUUAUAAUGUGUACUAUUUUGUGAAUUUGAGCGUAUAGCUGCAUGAGUGUAUAGAGUGCACCAUCCUAAAAAUCAUGUCGUUCUGGUCUCUAGGUUGUGGACAUGAUGAGUUUGUGAGACAAAGAUACUUGCAGUAGGAUUUGAGCUGCAUUAGGGCCUUCAACCAUUUUGAAUUAUUUAUCCAUUUUCUAAACAAAGUAGCAAUUGUAUUUGUUUACUCAUUCAUCAUAUGAAGUCAACACAGCUUUCCGGGUGAAUCACCAGUGGUGUCGUACCAGCAUCAAUAUGUUCUCAUUCCCAAGGACUCAGUGGCUUUAAAUUGUUUUGUCCCUCAGCUCCUAGAUUUUUUUCCACAACUUCCUGUACAUUUUGUCCAUUACUAGCCACAGGCUUUGCUCAUUAUCCCAAAUACCAACAGCAGAAGAAGACAAACUUGAGCUUUUAUGUUAGGAAAAGGAUGCAUUGUGAAUUUUACUUAUACAACAUAUGAAUGCAUUUCCACACAUGAACUAGUAGCCAUAAUUGGAAGUGUGCACCAUGUGCCUUGUAAAGACGCUGCAAGAUCCUUUAUUUUUUUUUCUAAGUAGGAUGUACUGCUCAUAUAGAGUGCUUUGUCACUACAACUAAGAAAUGUAUAAUACUUGCACAUUUCAGGUACACUCUAGAGACUUUCUACAACUAUGCUCUUGCUCCUUCAGUGUGCAAACUGCCUCGUUUGAGUUUUGAUGGGAACGCCUUUUAUUUUACUGUAAAGCUCCGAGCCUUCUUUUUGUGAAGAGGCCACUGAUGCAUAUGAUUUCCUGUUUUUCGUUUCCACAGUGUAAAUAAAAGUUAUACCUACGUAAA